AUUAUUGGGCCCCUUGUUUAGUGAGUCCCUUGUGGUCCUAUAAUCGUGCACUCCAAGGCUGCUCGCACGGCCGAAUUGCGCUCAGGGUCUUCGCGCGCGGCGCGCGGCAGCUCGCGGACGCUGGGGCGCGCAGAUCCGCAGCGCGCCUGCGUCCUUCAUCGAGCCCAAACUCGCACAGCUCGAGAUGAAGAUGAGUCAGUUUGGGGAUGGAGGACAUCCUCGAAGACGAGCAGAAGCAGGGCGUCUGUAUAGCCUAUACAGACGCCCUUGCUUGAGCGCGACAUCAUCUCCCCGAGUUGCGGGAAGAAUACCUCUGGCCCGUCACUUGACAAGCUACUCGUGGACAGCCUUGUGUGGACGCGGGCGUGGGACUACAUCAAGCGCACGAUUGAGGAGGACAAGAAGGGCGAAGGCGAGGAAAGGGAAGAGGAUCAUGAAGACGGGGAACAGACCCGAGUCGUCCCCGGCAGCCUCAACCAGCUCCGAGCUUGAGCAGAUGGUGCAGAUGCCAAGCAGAUGCUCAGCGCUCAGCCUGAACGCACCCCACCUCCAGGCAGCUUCAUAUCACCAACCUCUCCCCGACUUUUGCGACGCCGAGAGGCUACGCGUCGUACCGGCAGCACCUAAAGACUACGUCAUUUCGGUUAUCAUCGACAACAACCUCUGGACCUCCACCGAGUAGCGCAUCAACCCGUUCGCCUCCGUGGAGGGCGUACACGUCCUCGGGGAGUUGCGGGACCUCCCCAAGUCGUGAUUCGAACUCCUCCGAGAAGAGUCAUAGACUGCGCUUCAAGUCAUUCCUCUCACGAGAAACGCCCACGGGCGAUGCGACGUCGCUGCUGCCGCACUGACGCGCGGUGGCGCGGCAGGCGACUACACGACUUGUGCUGGGGCA